AUGCUCUACUUGAUUGGACUUGGGUUAUCUGGUGUAGAUGAUAUUACAAUUAAAAGCUAUGAAAUAAUCAAAGACUGUGAUAAGAUAUAUAUGGAUAUAUACACUUCAAUAUUAAUAGGAACAGAUAAAAAAACUUUGGAAUUGUAUUAUGAGAAACCAAUAAAUUAUUUAAAUAGAGAACUUCUAGAAGAAUCAGAUGAUUUAAUUAAAGAAGCACUCUCAUUAAAAAUUUGUUUACUUAUUAUAGGUGAUCCAUUAUCUGCUACGACUCACUCAGAAAUAAUUUUACGCUGUAUUGAUAAUAAUGUAAAAUAUAAAGUUUUACACAAUUCUUCUAUUAUAACUGCAGUUGGUGAUUGUGGUCUUCAAAUAUAUAAAUUUGGAGAAAUAGUAUCCAUAGUAGCAUGGGAUGAAUUUUGUAAACCAGCCAGUUUUUACGAUAAAAUUAUUGCAAAUAUGAAAAGGGGACUACAUACUCUUUGCUUGUUGGAUAUUAAAAUUCAGGAAAAGUCCAUUGAAAAUAUUAUCAAAAAUCGACCUAUAUAUGAACCCCCUUAUUUUUUAACAAUUAAUAAAGCCAUUUAUCAAUUACUUGAAAUAUCCAAAUCAAAAUUAAAAGAAGAUCCCGAUAAUGCAUUAAUCAAUUUGAGCACAAAAGGUUUUGGGUUAGCUAGAAUGGGUAAUGAUAACCAAAAAAUAGUUUCUGGAAAAAUGGAGGAGCUAUUAAAUUUCCAAUUUGGUCUCCCACUUCAUUCUUUGGUUAUUGUAGGGGAAUUACAUGAUGUUGAACAAAAAUUUUAUGAAUAUUUUUCAAUGCUUAAUUAUAUUUAG